GGGGUGCUGACAGUCGGCCUUGGUGAGGAGAGUGAUCUGAGGGAAAAUCCAUGAACCACCAAAACGGUGCUGGGCAGCCAGAACUUGGCCCAACGUAUCCUACAGAUGCUCAACACGUACCAGGCCAUCAACAUGAUGCAACAGAAUGCAGGAUUCAUCAGAUCAGGUCAGGUCCUUCCUCAUGGUGACUCCCAAGAAGCAGAAAUCUGAGACCUUCUCCACACAGUCCCCGUCGGAGAUGAGUGCCUGGAUGUUGUCUUCCUCCUUCCAAGCUCCUUGGUCCUGGUUGUGUUGAGGAGCAAGUUCUUGUUGUUCCAACACCAUGCUGUCAGCCACUCCACCUCAUCCCUAGGCACUAUGACGGAGGACUUCAGGAAGGGUGGCAUGGUGGACUGGGACAGACUGGUUGAAUAUCCUGGUGAAGACCACGGCCAGUUCGUCUGCACAGUUCUUCAGCAUGCGUCCUGAGAUGCCGUCAGGUCCAGCUGCCUUCUGUGGGUUGACAGCUCACAGCAUGCGUCUCACCUCAUGCUCCUCCACCAUGAACAUGGGGCUGUUGUUGGUUUCUGGAUGUGGUCUAGCUGCCUCUGGUGGUUCCAUCUCAAACCAGGCAAAGUAGAGGUUCAGUUCCUCUGCCAGUGAUAAAUCACUUCCCACAGCUCUGGAACUGGUCCUGUAGUUGGUAAUUUGCCGGAAACCCAUCCACACCUGCCUGCCGUCGUUGCUGUCCAGAUGUUCCUUGAUAUUUCUCUUGUAAUCUGACUUGGCCUCUCUAAUGCCCCCUCUUCAGGUUCCUCUUCUUUAGCAGCCUCUGGACCUCCCUGAUCAUCCAGGGCUUCUGAUUGGGGAAGACUGUGACAGUGUCUAUGCAGUUCUUAAUGUAACACAGUACGCUGUCACUAAACACCUCCAAGUCUGUGUGUACAAAAAUGUCCCAGUUAGUCCUAGUGAAGCAGUCCUGCAACUGCUGUGAGGCUCCAUAUGGUAUAUAUGUUAUGAGCCGGACACCACAAACAUAUCAAAAACAUGUUGAGGCUCUGAGCUGUAAUGUGGAAGCAAGUAAUGGGGUAAAAUUUGACUCCAUAUUUAAUGAGCUAACAUAUUUUCAUGUGUGCCAGCCUGGAUUACCCCCUUGCCUUGGCCAUGAUCUUUUUGAGGGUAUUGUCUCAACUGAUUUGGGAUUAUACGUCAACUACCUUGUUUAAAAAAAAAAACUUUUUAGUUAUGUUGAACUGAAUCGGCACAUAAACCAGUUUAAAUAUCUGGGCAAUGAUGCCAAAAACAAACCUUGUGAGGUGAACCUAGGGGCUGGAAAACUCUCUGGAAAUGCAGCUCAGAACUGGUGUUUCCUGAGAAUGUUGCCAUUAUUGAUUGGUGAUAAAAUAAAAAGCCCGGGAGAGAGUGAAGUGUGGCAGCUUAUCUUACAGCUCAGAGAGAUUGUGGAGCUUGUUUGUGCUCCAACCAUUUCUACAGGCCAGGUGGCAUAUUUAAGAGUUCUGAUUGAUGAGUAUUUAAUUAUUAGAAAGCAGAUUUUUGAGGACCACCCACUUAAGCCUAAGCAUCACUAUUUAAAUCAUUAUCCAGAACUAAUAGUUCACUUUGGGCCGCUCAUCCGUCUGUGGACAUUAAGAUUUGAAAGUAAGCAUUCUUACUUCAAGCAAUGUGCAAGAAAGUUGCAUAACUUUAAAAACCUCUGUGGAACCCUUGCUGAAAGACACCAGCUUUUGCAGUCUUUUCUAAAUGCUGGGAACUUAUUCAGACCAUCUGUUGUUGUUCAGAAGGGAACUGAAUUUAUUGUGGGAGACUACAAUGAUAAGAUAAGACAGUCAGUUGCUCAUCUCAACUUUGAUCCCCUAAAUACUGUCAUUAGUCAUGAUGUGACAUUACAAGGGACAACAUAUAGGAGCAACAUGUUUGUUGUGGUAGGUUGUAAUGAUGAUGGCCUUGUAGUUGGAAAAAUCAAAAAGGCUAUCAUUCAUAAGAAUUCAACAAUGUACUUCAUCACUGAAAUAUAUCAGGCUGUUCGUCUACCUUGCAUUAAUGCUUAUCACACUACACCAGUGCAGGAGGCCUACUGCAGUGUCAGUCAUGGAGAGCUGCUUGAUUAUUACCCACUGCAUGAAUACUUUGUUUGUGGCAUGAAUUUGAUAACUCUUCACCAUUCUGUCUCUACAUUUUAGAAUCAUGUCAUCCAUCCGAGAUGAAAUAAAGGUUAUCAUCUUCAAGGCUUUGCCCAGCCUUUCUGAGGACACUCGGCAACAGAUUAUCACUACUCUUGAAAGGUCAGGUGUGGAAUCAAUUGAAGACCUCAAGUAUGUACAGCAGGAUGACAUCAGCAACCUGUUGCCUGUUAUACAGCAAAGGAAACUUCUUCAGUCAUUCAAAAUGGAAACUACUACAGUUACACUUGAUCUCCAAUUCUCACAGCUUGACACAAUACAUACAGUUGCCUGUGGUCCAGUCCAAUCCUGUUCCUCACCAUCUGCACUGUCAAGCUCUUCAUCUGCAUCAUCACCUGGCAUUUCAAGCAGGGCCAUCCAUUCAGUCAACAGAUCAAGUACAUGGCCAGAAACCUUUGAAGUCCCACGGGACAAAAUGCCUGAGGAGGUACAGUCAGCCAUUGCCAACAACAAGAGACCAGCUCCUGACAAGAGACGUCAAAUGAUACAAAUCCUUGUAGAUGAAAUAAGGAAGUAUGAGGCUAACCCCACACGCAAUGAAUGUCUCAUCAUGUGCAGAAACAUAGUUAGGCAGUACCCCAGUAGUACUGGGCCCAGUAGUGCCGAUAUGACACCGGGAGGUAAAAUGAUUGGUGGUGGUUAUACUUCACUAGUUUCUCAAGUAAAAACACGCAUUGAGAACAUAAAUCGAGAAGGAACAUUGAAACGACACAGAUCAACAAGAAUGUCUGAACAACAGCAGAAACCAACUGAUUCUUAUGGAUGCACACAGUUUCAGCCAGCACCUCCAACAGAAGAAACCAAUGAGUCAUUGGAGCGGAAACAACAACAGUUGGAAAACAUCUAUAGGCAGGAAGGUAUUCAUGGUGGUGAGAGAGCAGAAGUGAUACACCUCAUGAAAACAACAUUCAGUCUUCAGAGAAACCAAAUCAAUCAAACUCCAGCACUUUCCAUUGCAGAACUAAAAAAAACAGUGGCCUUAUCUUUUUACCCAAAAGGGUAUCUACUGUCACUUUGAGUUACUAACUGGAGUUAAUGUGUUGCAUGCCAUGGAGCAAUGCAUUCAAGAAUGUGGACAAGGAAUAGAGACAUAUUUAAGGACAAAAGCAAAGAACAUGGUUGCCCUCUCCCAGAAUGAAGAUGUGGAGUUGUCUCUUCGCCUCAUCCAAUUGCUGAUGACCUACUUCGAUGAGAAUAUAGAGGGACUGCUAAUCCUUGCUGAUUUGCUGGAGACAAAGUAACCAUUGGACAAUGAAUGAUCAGCAUUGAAAACCAUGUCAUUUGUGAAGGCGUCCAGCCAAGCUUCACCACAGGACUUGCUGCAGUUUUUGCUGUCUACUAUGUGCUUAACUUGCAAUACCAAGAGGAAGCUUCAAGGACUCUGGAGUUUGUUCACAGAUGCUUUGUUGGGAUCAACCCUGAGAAGGGAACAAAGGCUUACCAGGGGAAGGUUGUUUCCAAGAAGACAGGGAAGCUGGUCCAGAAAAAGGUAGCAACUGUAAAUUCCCAUGUGGCCACCCUGAUAAAAAAAACUCUUGGACUUUAAGUGGGGCUUUAUGUAAGCCACAACAUAUCGCAACACAAAAGGAAGUAACCAAUACAGCAAUCAGAUUAAUGUCAACGUAAGGUAACAAGUCUCUGUUUUUUUGUAAAAAAAAUUCCAGUACGGCAUGCUAGAUACAGAUUUGUUUUUUGUUCAUUGAAAUGUUUCAGCUAUACUGCAGCACUUUCCACUUAAGAAUUAAGAAUCCAAAGGCUUAUCUACUGUUACUAACUGCCAACUGACAACAUAUGGUGUACUAGAUACAGUUCUUGUUGCACUUUUGCUAAUCUGAAUUUGUUUUCAGCUGAAUUAAUGCAUUAAGUGCAUUGGCUUUAAUAUAUUAUAUAUUGCCAUCUCAUUUGUCAUAGUUGACAUGCAGAUAAGGAACUGUUUAUAACUGUUUACAGAUAAGGAUUUGUUUAUAGUGAAUGCAUUUUACAUUUUUGUUGACGUGGUAUCUGGCAUCGGUGGGGAAAUUCCUGGGGAGCGGUGUUUAAAAGGCUGCCUCCAUAGCCUCACUAGCACACCAGCCCUGCAGCCUCGCUUUUCCUUCCUCUUCCUGCGCCGCCUCCGUCGCCUGCCUGCGGGGAUGAUAAUCCACAGAGAGCCGGGACUCCUCAUUAUGUCUGCCGGAAUGUCGUGGAGGUGGAGAAACUCGGAUGAAAUACUUCCCUUGCUGCAAACUCCGAUCUUGAUAAGGUCGUGCCAGCUGUAGAUGUCGGCUCGGCAAAAUCCCUUGUGUGGAUCACCCCAGGCGCCUCUUGUCUGCUCCCUCAUGUGCCCUGUAUAAAGCGUCCUUCAGUCCUACGAUCUGGAGCUCAGUCAUUGAUGUUGCUGCCUGCAUGUGCUCCCCAGUGUACACUGUGUUCUUGCUGAUCCUUCCUACUUCGUUUUGAUGCCUUGUGGUCUGUUUCCUUUGCCCCACUUGUAGUUUCAUUAAAUAAAUCCCCUUUUGGUUUCCCCCCAUGCCUGCCUUCGCCUACAUCCUUGUCUUCGACGUGACAGUUGUUUUGUUUUAUUAGAAAUAAAUUACAUCUUAUUUUUAUUUCUGUUCAUUUCUAUUUUUGUCUGUUUUAUUUAUGUUCAUUGUAUGUCUUAAUGUAAAGCACUUUGGCUGCAGCAUUCUGAAGUUGUUUUAAAUAUCUAUACAUAAACUGACAUUGACAUUUA